AUGUCACCAGAAAGAGAUCCCUCAGAAACGUCCCCGUUGCUGGGUUCGCAAAGCAACGGCAAUGCUUCGUACUCCGCGACCACGGCCGAGCCUGUCGCGCAUCCCGGUCCAGCGUUAUCGGAGCAAGGAGAUUCAGACGGUGAAGAUGCAGCCAAAAGUGACUCGCAAAGUGUACAGGGUCUCAGUUAUAUAAUCCCAGCAAUUUCACUCGGGAUAUUCCUGUCUGCGGCCGAUCAGACAAUUAUUGUCGCCAGUUAUGGAAAGAUUGGCUCCGAUCUCAAUGCGUUGAACCUGACCAGUUGGAUUGCUACUUCCUACUUCCUGACUUUGACUUCAUUCCAGCCCCUUUAUGGCAAGCUGAGUGAUAUCUUUGGCCGGAAAAGCUGUUUAUUGUUUGCUUAUAUCGUGUUUGGUACAGGAUGCUUGUUCUGCGGCCUUGCACAGAAUAUUCACCAGCUGAUUGCUGCCCGUAUCUUCCAAGGUAUCGGGGGUGGCGGCAUGACCACGGUUGUUAGCAUACUUCUAAGCGAUAUCAUUCCGCUCCGUGAAAGAGGCGUCUGGCAGGGCAUUAUUAACAUUAUAUAUGCCACUGGAGCUGGGGUCGGUGCGCCUUUGGGUGGUAUCUUAGCGGACUACAUUGGCUGGAGAUGGGCUUUCAUUGCUCAAUUUCCUUUGUGUAUUAUCGCCUUCACCGCAGUGUCUAUUGUGCUAGACUUACCCGCUCCAGAGGAUAGCCACUGGAAAACGAAGCUUCGCCGCAUUGAUUUCCCUGGGGCAGUCGUGCUUAUUGGGGCAGUUCUUGGCUUCCUCAUUGGUUUUGAUCGAGGCAGUAAUGUAUCUUGGACGAUGCCGUUGACAAUAGCCUCGCUAAGCAUUUCAGCUUGCCUGUUUGUGUUGUUCGUCGUGGUUGAGAUAUACUAUGCUACGGAACCAUUUGCCCCUGGCCAUAUUAUUUUCGACCGUGGCUUCUUUGCUGCCUACGGAUGCAACUUCUUCAGUUUUGGUGGCUGGCUGUCUGGACUCUUUUACCUUCCAUUGUUCUUCCAAGCCGUUGACGGCGUUUCCGCAACAGGGGCUGGCCUCCGACUUCUACCUAGUAUCCUGUCCGGGGUCCUCGGGUCACUGUUUGCCGGCUUUAUGAUGAAAUGGACUGGAAAGUACUACUGGUUGACGGCGGCCGGUUAUGCCUCGCUCACUCUGGGUCUUGGUGUUAUCUUCCUCUUCUCCGGGGCCGUUACGAAUAGCUUGGUGCCCCUUAUCCUGGGAACCGUAGUCUGUGCGUUUGGAAACGGCAUUGGCGUGACUACAACGCUAAUUAGCUUGAUUUCGAACGCGGCCCAUGAAGACCAGGCGGUUGUGACCGCUUGCUCGUAUCUAUUCAGAUCUCUCGGAUCUGUCAUUGGUAUUUCCCUAUCUUCGACGGUUGUUCAGCAGGUUCUCAGGACCCGCUUGAGAGAUGCCCUGCGCGACAGCAAGGAUGUCGAUAAGAUCGUCGAUGGGGUCCGACAAAGCCUGGAAUUCAUCAAGACUCUGGACCCUGUUGUGGCAAGGACCGUCCGUGAUUGCUAUGGAUGGGCCACCAAUAAGGGGUUUGCCUUUUUGAUUGGGGUUGUGUUCUUUGCCUUCGUGAGCAGCUUGUUCAUUCGCGAACGAAACCUGACACGGUAG